AUGAUAUUGAGUCGUAGUACAGCAACUAAACGCAAUGUGGCUAAGCCUAGUACAGUGCUGACCAAUCGUACGACAUCCACUAGUAAUACGACUACAAUAAAUCGCAGUGAGGCAAAGUGUAGCAGCAGUACAGUGCUGACCAAUAGCAGCACAUUGCUGACAAAUUGCGGCACGGCUUCCUCCAGUAACAGCACGACUGCAAUAUGUCGUAGUGAGCCAAAGAAUAGCAGCAGCACAGUAUCUGCCAGCAACACGACUGCUACAAAUCGCAGCGAGGCAAAGAGUAACUACAGUACGGCAUCCACUACUUGCAGCAUGGUACAGUCUACCUGCAGUACGACAAUCACCACGGUUCCUCGUAGAUUGGCACAGAGCACAGCUCCCGCUACCAGCACGGUUUCGACCAAUAGCAGCUUACCACAGGCAUCCUGCAGCACGGCAUCAACCAAUAGGAACACAGCUGAGCCGGCCAAUGAGCGCUCGGUGUUACGUGCGAGGCUCUCGUUGAUGCAACCGCGGAAACGUUGA